AACUAAACAACUAGAAGUCACAAUUACAUAUUCAAAAUUCCUCAAAGAAUCACCAUCCAAAGAUUUAUGUCAAAUGACAUGCCUUCAAUUUCAACACUACCUCAGCAAUUCACAGAUCUUAUAAGCGAGGAGGAGCACUCUCAACUAGCCAUUGAUAGAAUUAAUGCAAUUCCAUCAGUUAAUGAGGAUGAGACAUCGCAACAAAGUCAAGACAAUGGGACAAUAAAGACAACGAAAAAUAAUAACAGUCCUAUGCUUGCUCCUACAGAAGAAAAUCAAAGAAAACUAGUACCUAAAGACCAAGGAAAUGAAAUUCAAUAUCAAAGAACCCAAGAACAAUCUGGAAACUCAGAAAUUAGUGAAGCAGUGGUUUCGAAUUGGAGUGGAGUGUCACCACCUGCUAACAACAAUGUUUCUAUUUCUACUCAUCCUAUGCAAACAAAAGCCCGUACAGGAGCUCAUACUGGACAUGUUAAAACCAUAUUUCCAAAGAAUGCAAAUACCAUAGUAAUUGACAAGUCUAUUUUGCAACUUGCAAGUCCUGAUAUUAUGGAACCUAAAAUAGUUCAAAAGGCACUUCAAAGUCCACAUUGGGUCAAAGCCAUGCAAGAAGAAAUGGAUGCAUUGCAUAAAAAAAACACCUAUACAUUGGUGCCACCACCGUCGGAGACAAAUAUAGUUGGUUCCAGAUGGGUUUUCAAAACCAAGCUUAACCUAGAUGGUACAGUGGAAAGGUUUAAAGCUCGUCUAGUAGCUCAAGUCUUUUCCCAAAUGCCAGAAAUGGACUUUGAGGAAACAUUUAGUCCUGUUCUUAAACCAACAACAUUUCCAUUGGUUCUUGCCUUUGCUACAACUCUAGAAUGGCCUUUAAGGCAACUUGAUGUAAAGAAUGCCUUCCUCCAUGGCAAGCUCAAGGAAAUGGUUUAUAUGACACAACCACCAAGUUUUGAAUAUCCCAAAUAUCCUCACUAUGUUGAUAAGUUUUCUGGUGGCAUAUUUCUAUCUCAAGCAAAGUAUGCUCGUGACGUUCUUACUCAAGCUUCAAUGUUGGAGGCAUCAUUCAUAGCUACUCCAUUAGCAACAAAGGAAAACACUACCUCAAGAGAUGGUGACCUCGUUGAUGCUCAUGAAUAGAGAAGGAUUGUUGGGCCGCUACAAUAUCUAACUAUAACCAGAAUUUAUAUGUGUCAUGCUGUAAAUAGAGUAUGUCAAUUCAU